UGUAAAUCUUCCCGUUCUUUUCCAACCAUCUGCUAUCGCAAGUGUGGGGAAGCUAAUAAAUAACAUUUAACUGCAUUAAAAAUGCCGUGUGGCAAAAACUUUAGGCGGAGAAGGGACUCAUCCGAUGUAGAGGAAGAAGAGACCACCGAAGAAGUCAGAUCUAAAUUAGAAGAGGCUAAAGAACUUCAGAGUUUGCGGAAACGACAAAGCGGAGUCAGUGUGACCGCCUUGUUGGUUGGAGAGAAACUGCCACCAGAGGCUGAAAUUGAUAAUGACCCAUUUAAACUGAAGACUGGAGGAGUUGUUGACAUGAAGAAAGUCAAAGACAGGAACAGGGACAUGACCGAAGACGAGACAGACCUCAACCUGGGCACCUCUUUCUCUGCUGAAACUAACAGAAGAGACGAGGAUGCAGACAUGAUGAAAUACAUUGAGACAGAGCUGAAAAAGAAGAAGGGCAUGGUGGAGGCUGAGGAACAGAAAGUUAAGGUGAAGAAUGCAGAGGACCACCUGUAUGAGCUGCCUGAGAACAUCCGAGUCAACUCUGCCAAGAAGACAGAGGAGAUGUUAUCCAAUCAGAUGCUGAGCGGGAUCCCUGAAGUUGAUCUUGGCAUUGACGCAAAGAUAAAGAAUAUUAUCCAGACAGAAGAGGCGAAAGCCAAGCUUCUAGCAGAACAGAGGAACAAGAAGAAAGACCACGGCACAUCAUUUGUACCAACCAACAUUGCUGUCAACUAUGUCCAGCACAACCGCUUCUAUCAUGAGGAUGUGAAUGCACCACAGAGGCACCACAGACACAGAGAAGAGCCCAAAGCGAGACCACUGCGUGUGGGAGACACUGAGAAACCAGGUCCAGAAACAUCAUCUCCGCCCAACUACCGCAAACGUCCAAACAACGAAAAGGCCACAGACGACUACCACUAUGAGAAAUUCAAGAAGAUGAAUCGACGAUAUUAAGGAGCUGCUUUUUUUUCCCCCAACAUGAUGUCCAUUUUUAAAGAAGUUGAGACAUGAAGAUCCUUUACAGACUGGCUUUCCUAAACAACUGUUUCUGGCAGAAAUCUCAAAACAGUGUUGUACUUUGUAAAUUUUGUAUAUAGCUUAAUGUCACUCUCCGUAGGCAGUACAUCUGCUUUGUAAUGUGUUACGUUAAAGGAUAAUCCGACAUGAGGAAAUUCGGUUGUUCAAGAGUGUCUCAUGCUCAAGAAAUCAGACAAAUAAGAUCAGAAUAUGUUAAGAAAUACAGAAAGGACAUGAGAAUUGUCAAACAGAGUGGGAUUGUCUGAAUUGUUUAGUAUUUUCAUUUUAGAUCUUUGAAAUCUCAGCUUUUGGUUGUAGAAUUGUGUUUUUAAGGCUUUCAAGAAAACCGAUGUGAUUAAAAAGAUAAAGCCAACAACAUUUAACUUGUCCUUUUAAUUUGAUCAGUGCUUGAUGGAGUAAGAAAGCAGAAAUAAGAUGUUAUGAAAGCAAACUUUUACAAAAAUAAAUGUGAAAACAAUA